CCUCCGCAGAGCGCGGCCCGAUCUGCCGGAACCCAGCGUCCCGCCGCGGAAGGUUGCAGGAGCCGCCUGCGAUGGGCGGGCAGGUGAGCACGGGCAGCAGCGUCCCGAGCCGGCGCUGCGCGAGCGAAAACGCGGACUGGAUGUCGGCGCUGUGCCCCCGCCUCUGGGACGUGCCGCUGCACCACCUGUGCAUCCCCGGGAGCCACGACACCAUGACCUACUGCUUGGACAAGAGGUCGCCCAUCUCCCCGGCCCAGCCCCGGCUGCUGCGGCUGCUCAGCAAGGCUGUGCCCUGCGUCACGCUCCCCGUGGUGCUCAAGUGGUCUGUCACGCAGGCGUUGGACGUCACCGAGCAGCUGGACGCCGGCGUGCGGUACCUGGACCUGCGCAUCGCGCACAUGCUGGGGGGCUCGGAGAAGAACCUGCGCUUUGUGCACACGGUGUACACGACCGCACUGGUGGAGGACACCCUCACGGAAAUCUCGGAGUGGCUGGAGAAGCACCCCCGGGAGGUGGUCAUCCUGGCCUGCAGGAACUUCGAGGGGAUGACGGAGGACCUGCACGAGUACCUGGUCACCUGCAUCAAGAACAUCUUUGGGGACAUGCUCUGCCCCCGAGGGGAGGUGCCGACGCUGCGUCAGCUCUGGUCGCGGGAGCAGCAGGUCCUGGUCUCCUACGAGGACGAGAGCUCCGUGGGCCGGCACCGUGAGCUGUGGCCGGGCAUCCCCUACUGGUGGGGGAACAAGGUGAAGACAGAGGCGCUCAUCUGCUACCUGGAGUCCAUGAAGAGCUGCGGCCGCCCAGGUACCGAGGGGCUUCCCACGGGGCCAGAUUCCACGGCGCCGGGUGCGUGUAUCUGCUGCCCGGCCACGGAGAUCCGGCCUCGGCACCUCCUGUCUGCUCAGCGCUGGUGCCUGGUCCUCUGCGGGGCUCACCUGCUCCCGUCGACACUGCGCAGCUCUGCGCACGCCAACGUGGCCCGGCCCUCCUCCCCGCGGCAGACCGACUGCGCCUGCACCCCCUGCUCCGAAAGGUUCCUCGUCUUCGCCCAGCCCCAGUCAGAGCCCCAGUCCUCGGCCCCAGCAGGAUCUGAGCGGAACGAAGGCCCCACCUGA